UCGCUUUCACACAUAUGGAAACACUGUCCAUCCAUGAGAUUUUACAGAACUCUGUGUGGACACAAACAGGAACGGAGUGUUGUUGGCCUGGCACGUGAAGGGGAGGAUGGAGAGGAAAGAGAGAGCUGCUCUGGUCCAGAGAGAGAAUGUGUGUGAGCGGAUCACAGAUACCGGUUCAACGCUGGUGUGUAAAACUGCCCCGGGGUCCAGCCCUGGGAGUAAGCCGGGCCGUCGGGAGUCGGGAGAGGAGGCAGCGGCGGCCGGUGAGGCCUCGGUGGCCCCUGGUGGGGGAGGCGGUGAUCCGACGACGACGGCAGUGCGGAGGAGCUCCAGCCGAACCCUCCAGCUACCCCCCCUGGCCUUCAGGCAGGCCGAGCAGACUGACUGGGGGCGAGACGCAGCGGAGCCCGCUGCCGCCCGACCCACCAGCCUCGCCAUCCAGCCACCCCCACUGAUCAACAUCACCUCCGCUGACCCAUUCAGUUUUGACGUGGAUAAUGGCCCUGCCUCGGGCAGGAGCCCCCUGGACGCCAUGUUCAGUCCAGGCUCGGGGCUGGUGCUGCAGGCCAACUUCGCUCACGGAGGCCAGCGGCGCGAGUCCUUCCUCUACCGAUCGGACAGCGACUACGACCUCUCGCCAAAGUCCUUAUCCCGAAACUCCUCCAUCGCCAGCGACAUGCUGCAGCCGCAGCGUCCAGGGCUGGUCUCUCGGAGGUCUGAACCGGUCAUAAGUGGGACUCAUGGGGAUGACCUAAUUGUGACACCAUUUGCACAGGUAUUGGCUAGCUUGAGGACCGUGCGGAAUAAUGUUGCAGUGCUGACCAACAUCCAACAAGACAGGUCUUCAAACAAGCGUACACCUAUGUGCACUUCAACGAUACCCCCCAAGACCUCUUUGACAGAUGAGGGGUACCAGAAGAUGGCCUCUGAGACGCUGGACGAGCUGGACUGGUGUCUGGACCAGCUGGACACACUCCAGACACGCAACUCUGUCAGCGAGAUGGCCUCCAACAAGUUCAAGAGGCUGCUGAACCGGGAGUUGAGUCACCUGUCGGAGACCAGCCGCUCUGGUAACCAGGUCUCGGAGUUCAUAUCCAACACAUUCCUCGACAAGCAGCAUGACGUGGAGGUGCCAAGGAGUGCCAAGGACAAGGACGAGAAGCCCAUGUGCCUGAUCAGCGGAGUCAAGAAGCUGACUUACAGCUCCAGCCUGGCCAACACAAACAUCCCCCGCUUCGGGGUCAACACACACUCCGAGGACGCCUUAGCUAAGGAGCUGGAGGACAUCAACAAGUGGGGCCUUAAUGUUUUUAAAGUUGCAGAGUUUUCGGAAAACCGGCCAUUAACCGUCGUUAUGUACACCAUCUUCCAGGAAAGAGAUCUACUGAAGACCUUUAAAAUUCCGCUAGACACCUUCAUCACGUACCUGAUGACAUUAGAAGACCAUUACCAUAAAGACGCUUCGUACCAUAACAACAUCCACGCUGCAGAUGUCACCCAGUCCACUCACGUGCUGUUGUCCACGCCUGCUUUAGAGGCUGUUUUCACCGACCUUGAAAUCCUCGCUGCUAUUUUUGCCUCUGCAAUUCAUGAUGUGGACCAUCCUGGUGUUUCCAACCAGUUCCUCAUCAACACCAACUCUGAGCUGGCUCUCAUGUAUAACGACGUGUCGGUGUUGGAGAACCACCACCUGGCCGUGGGCUUCAAGCUGCUGCAGGAGGAGAACUGCGACAUCUUCCAGAACCUGAGCAGGAAGCAGCACAGCUCACUCAGGAAGCUGGUCAUCGACAUGGUGCUGGCCACUGACAUGUCCAAGCACAUGAACUUGCUGGCUGACCUUAAGACCAUGGUGGAAACCAAGAAGGUCACAAGUUCAGGAGUGCUGCUGUUAGACAACUACAAUGACAGGAUACAGGUUCUGCAGAACAUGGUCCACUGUGCUGACCUGAGCAACCCCACCAAGCCCCUGGCUCUGUACCGCCAAUGGACCGAGCGAAUCAUGCAGGAGUUCUUCUGCCAGGGUGACCGCGAGAGAGAACGCAGCAUGGAGAUCAGUCCAAUGUGUGACAAACUCACCGCCUCUGUGGAGAAGAGCCAGGUGGGGUUCAUCGACUACAUCGUGCAUCCGCUGUGGGAGACGUGGGCGGACCUGGUGCUGCCGGACGCGCAGGAGCUGCUGGACACUCUGCAGGAGAACCGGGACUGGUACCAGAGCGCCAUCCCGCAGAGCCCGUCGCCCAGCAACGCGCACGCGCGGCCCGGCGACCGCUUCCACUUCGAGCUGACGCUGGAGGAGGACGGCGAGACGGACACGGAGAAGGACAGCGGCAGUGUGGAGGAGGAGGAAGAGGAAGAGGAAGAGGAGAAGAAAAAGAGUAGUGGGGACAGUCAGACACUUUGCACACAGGAUCCCCAGUCCUCCCAGGAAGGGGAGGAGCGGACAGCACAAGAGGAACUGGGGCCUAGUGACACAUAGCCUUGUGUGUGUGUGUGUGUGUGUGUGUGUGUGUCAAUGUGGGUGUGUGUAUGCCUGAGUCCUGUUGGGAAGAGCACUAAUUCUAAAUACUGAAGCUCCAAAGCACACAUGGGGCUCUCCUGAGGACUGACCACUGAUCCCUCACCCAGCUGGGUUUGCUUUUUCCACAUAGUAGAGUAUCUCCGCUCUCAGGAUAGUAGAGUGUCUGUGAAAUGUCUCUGCUGGUUGGAGGGUAGAGAGUCUCUGCUGGUUGGAGAGUAGAGUCCGGUAUUUGGAGAGUAGACAGUCUCUGCUAGUUGGAGGGUGGAGUCUCUGGUGUUUGGAGAGUAGAGAGUCUCUGGCGUUUGGAGAGUAGAGUCUCUGCUGUUUGGAGAGUGGAGUGUCUCUGGCGUUUGAAGAGUAGAAAGUCUCUGGUGUUUGGAGAGUAGAGAGUCUCUGGCGUUUGGAGAGUAAAAAAGUCUCUGGCGUUUGGAGAGUAGAAAAUCUCUGGUGGUUGGAGAGUAGAGUCUCUGGUGGUUGGAGAGUAGAGAGUCUCUGGUGUUUGGAAAGUAGAGUGUCUGCUGGUUGGAGGGGGGAGUGUCUGCUCUCAGGAAUCUCUGGCCCUGGUUCUGCUUCACAUUGUUUACCUGCUUCUGUCCUUCUGUCUACACUCAAUCUAGGGGUCUGCAUUAGUUUAGUGUGUGAUAGAAAGAACCUGUGUGUGUGUUUGUCUGUGUGGGUGUGUGUGUGUUCAGACACCUUCCAGGGUGAAGUCUUCCUUAAACAAGAUUUAUACAUGCAGCUGCAAAGGUGUUGUUGCCUCGUGCAUUAUUUUGUAGAUCACAUUUAACAUUUGACUAAAUGGACAUUCUUCUUCUUUUCAUGGUGAGAAAAGUCCGCUUGAUUUUGUGGAUUGUGUGCAAAUUACAGGAUGCCCCUUGCAGGGUGUGGUGGACAUAUUUGAACAAAAUCUCUUUUUAUUUGUUUGUUUGUUUGUUUGUUUGUCAGCUCAGAGCAAACAGCCCAGAACUGCCCUUUGUUACCUCAAUGUCACCUCGCAGUUAUGUUUGUAAUGCUACGCUACAUGUCUUUAUACAGUAAUACAUUGAUGAUGUUCAUAUGUUUCUUAGUCUCUAAUGUGCCUGUUGAACAGGAGUCGUACCCUUCUUAUGCUUGAACAGAUAAACAUGCCCUUAAUACAGAAAU